AUGGCAGCAAACACAAAGAGACUUUGGAAAGUCCAGGAAUUCAAAGCUCACAGUGCCAACGUGAAUUGUCUCGCCUUAGGGCAGAAGUCCGGACGAGUGCUUGUAACAGGAGGAGAUGACAAAAAAGUCAAUCUUUGGGCCAUUGGCAAAAAUAAUUGCAUCAUGAGCCUGAACGGACACAUAACAUCAGUGGAAACGGUGAGGUUCAACCACACGGAGGAGUUAGUAGCGGCCGGUUCUGCAGGGGGAGUGCUCAAAAUCUGGGACCUGGAGGCUACCAAGAUCAUGCGAACUCUCACUGGCCACCGUUCAGGACUACGGGCCGUUGACUUCCAUCCGUAUGGUGAUUUCCUCACCUCCGCUUCCCUCGACAGCAGUGUCAAGGUAUGGGAUGUCCGACGGAAGGGCUGUAUCUUCACGUACAAAGGGCACUCACAGAGUGUGAACAGUGUCAAGUUCAGCCCUGAUGGACUUUGGGUGGCUUCUGGAGGCGAGGAAGGUUGGGGUUACGGGCUGCCUCCUAUCGAGAUCCCCGAGGAAGAAUUUAGGGCACAAAUCUCAGGUCACGUCCCCAAGGAAGACGUAGAAGCCAACACUGAACCAGCCUCUCCAAUCAAAGCAGGCAGAGAGCGUGGCACAACUUAUGUCUAA